ACCAAAUUCAAAACUUUACACCAAUACCAAUCUUCCCUGAUAAUAAAAAAUUCAUUUCAAUUAUCAAUAUUCAAUGCCACAUUGUUGUUUAACCCUUGACAAUUCUCAUUUCUCAAUUCUCCACUUUCCAUCUUACAUUAAAAAACAAACCAUUAAUGAAUAAUGAGUAUGACCACUUGGUUAUCUUCAUCGAAGAGCACAAUUGCACAAACAUUAUCCUAAACAACCUAACUAUAUUUAUUUCUCGCUUUUCCCCCACCAAACCACCCAUGCCUACCUCAAGGGUAUUUACGUCAUUUCCUCUCAGUUUAGUCGUAAUCGCAUUCUUGCAACUUAAACAAAAACAAAGAAAGUGACGAAAGUUCAUUCCUAGAAUUCCUAAAAUACCCCUAGCGUGUUUCUUUCGUAUAUUGGUAUGAUGAAGAAAGAAAGGUUUUUUAUUUCAGAGAAUAAAAAAGCUCUGAACCAAAACUCAUCGUCAUCCAUGGAGGUCAAGCGCAGAACGAUUCGAACCUUAGUUGGGAAACUCAGCUCAGUCUCCGAACAAACACGUGCUGAUGCCCUCAGCGAGCUUCGUCUAAUCACCAAGCACGACGCCGAAAGCCGUCCCCUCAUCGCCGAAGCCGACGCAAUCCCUUACCUUGCCGAAACACUCUUCUCGGAUUCCCACGCCGCUCAGGACGACGCCGCCGCCACCAUACUAAACCUCUCUAUCUCAUGUCGCGAUUCCCUUAUCUCCACGCGCGGUCUGCUCGAUGCGCUAUCACACGCGCUCUCACAUCACAGAAGCUCGACCUCCGCCGCGGCCGUACAAUCCUCGGCCGCCGCUGUGUACAGUCUUCUGGUUGUGGACGAGUACAGACCAAUUGUUGGGUCGAAGAGGGACAUCAUCUACUCUCUGGUUGAUAUCAUCAAAGCCCCCAAUUCGCCGCCUAGAUCAGUCAAGGACGCGCUCAAAGCCUUGUUCGGAAUCGCGCUUUACCCGCUUAAUCGGGGAUCGAUGAUCGAGCUCGGGGCGGUGCCGGCGCUGUUCUCGCUGGUACUGAAGGACGGGCGCGUGGGGAUCGUGGAAGACGCCACGGCGGUUGUGGCUCAGGUGGCCGGGUGCGAAGAGAGCGAAGAGGCUUUCCGGAAGGUGUCCGGGACGGGUGUUCUUGUCGAUUUGCUUGAUCCGGCGACUGGGUCGAGUCUUAGGACGAAGGAGAAUGCGGUGGCGGCGCUGCUGAAUUUGGGGCGUUGCGGGGGCGAGAAGGCGGUGAGGGAAAUUAAGGAAAUGGGUCUCGGUGGCGAUAGCGGGGCGGUGGAGGGGACGAGGGAGGUGGCAGCGAGUGGCUCAGCCAAGGGAAAAGCUAAGGCGGUGGCUUUGCUUACAAUGAUUGAUGUUGGGAAUGAACUCAGGAGUGGAAAUGAGAAUGGGAAUAGAAUUCUUUACGGGUUUAGUGAUUCUGGAUUUGAUUCUUUAGUAAGUCGAUCUUCAUCGAAUUGAGUAUUCAAUCAAAUUGGGUGUGUUUUUAUUCUUUUGUUUAAUUAGGAAAAAAAAAAGGUUUUAAUGCUGUAUAUUCAUGAUAACUUACAUUACAUUAGUAGAUAGAUAGUUGAAAUGAAAUAUUUGUACAAAUGAAUGAUUGGUUUUGUUUUGAUAUUAUAUGUUAGAGAAACACUUGCAUUAUUACAGAAA